AUGACGAUCUAUUACUCGCUGACGUUUUUGCUGCUCGCAGCGGAGAUGAUCACUUUUUGCCUCCUCGUCGCACCUCUCCCAUACGCGCUCAAGAAACGCCUUUUCACAUUCCUCUCUGAAUCACCAAUAGUUGCCAAAAUCGCAUAUGGGCUGAAGAUUUCGUUCAUCUUCGUUACCAUCCUCUUCGCCGACGCCCUACAACGAAUGUUCCGUGUCACCGCCGAGUCAGACCUCGCGAGGUCUGGGAAGCAGGGAGUUAUCCAGGACAUUCGAACCGAUACAAACCUCGCGGCGAAGAAAUUCUACGCGCAACGCAACACCUACCUGACAGGCUUCUGUCUCUUCCUCUCGCUUGUCCUCACCCGCACGUUCUAUAUUAUCCUCGACCUCAUCCACACGCAAGAGGAAUACGCGAAGCUGAAGAAGACAGCGGCAUCAAACGGCUCCCAAUCAGAAGAAAUUACCCAACUGAAGAAGCAACUCGAAGAAGCGAAGAAGGUUGAGCGGGAUUUCGCAAUCCUGAAGCAGCAGGCGAAGCAGAACAACGAUGAGUACAACCGCCUUGCGACUGAGCUUAACGACCUCUCGGGGAACAAGUCGAAUAAGCGUGUCGACUAA